CGCAGAGCGCAGUUAGGCUCCUGGACCUCCUUGCUCUGCAGAGGGUGGGGUCACUCGGGCUCAGCGCAGGAGGAAUGCCUGGGGCAGAGGGGCAGACCCCUGCCCAGCCCUGUCUGGGACCCGGUCCCCACAAGGUCCCCUGACCUGGGGUCUCUGUGUGUCCCGGCUCCUGGCUCCACACACAGGUGGCAGGUCUAUCCCUGGCCUUGGCAGCGGUGGGCGGGGGAGCGACACGGCUGGGUGACCUUGCAGAAGCCCCUGAGCCUCAGCUCCUGCAGUGGAGCAGAGGGCGUCCGAGGUGGCCAGCCAACCAAGAUAGGUGGGCACCUAGUAGUUCAUGCCUUCUGAACUAGAAGUGAGGGACAGGCCAGGUGCACUUGCUGAUGUGCACAGGAGCCUUUGUUCCGAUGACUUCCAAAGCCGCAGACCAGCUCAGCAGUGAUGACCUUGCCCAACCCGACACUGGCGUUCGCUCCUUGAGGAGGGUGCAAGGAGGCUGGCGUGGGGGCCGUCCAGGGCACGGGGAGGGCUUCGGGGUCCUGAGCGGGAGCCGAGGACCGCGUGUGGCAGGGAGGCCAGAGUACAGGGGGGACCCCCAGGCAGUCUUUUGGGGGACACUGGGUGGGCAGGUGCAGAGGGAGUUUCCAUCCAAGGUGGUCCUGCCUCCCGAGACGGGGUGAUGGGGCUCCGCUCCCCUGCUGAGGCGCAGGGAGUCCUGGGCAUAGGGGAGGGUGUUGGAAUCCUGCCCUGUGCUUCCUGACUGGUUGGGCAUGGGGAGGAUGUGAGGGGCACUUAACGGCCACACUCGGGCCGGGGGUGGGGAGGAGGCAGGUAGGGCGGUGCGCAGAAGGCAGGUCUAGCAGGUGAGGACAGGGUGCUGUGGGGGAGGAGGGACCCCUGGGUCCUGACCGGCACCUUAUCGGUGGUGCCAGGUGGGGCCAUCCCCAGGGCGGGGGAAGCAUCUCCCUGAGCCCUGUUAUCAGUCCCAGAGUCCACAGGACGCUCCUCGGGUUAACGUGUAACCACACGCUGUCCCCUCCACCCCCAAAGCCGCCUGUGCCCACAUACGCACCAGUCUGGGGGGGGUCAUAGGCCGACAUGGACGCCUGGGAAGAGGGUCUGUCCCAAAAGCCUUGCUUCUCAGUCCAACAGCUGCACCUGUGCAGGGGGCUGAGCCCGUUCCUCCUCACCUGUGCCAUCUACUUCCUCCUCUGGAUCCCUGAAGACCAGCCGUCCUGGAUCAGCGCCCUUGUCAAGUGCCUGCCCGUCCUGUGCCUGGUGGUGUUCCUGCGGGCGGCGCGCUCGGACCGGGGCUACAGGGCGCUCCUGCAGGGGGCCCUCCUGUGCUCUGCCGUGGGGGACGCCUGCCUCAUCUGGCCUGAGGCCUUCCUCUAUGGCGUGACGGCCUUCACCGUGGCUCACCUGCUCUACCUCUGGGCCCUCGGCCUCACUCCCCUGCGGCCGGGCCUCCUGCUGCCCAUCGUCCCGGCCUUCCUCCUGUACAACGGCCUCGUGCUGCUGCACCUCCCCCCUGGCAUGGUCCCCAUGUUGGUGACCUACUCCCUGGUCCUGGCAUCCAUGCUGUGGCGCGGCCUGGCCAGGGGCGGGAGCGCCCGCUGGGGGGCCCUGCUCUUCACACUCUCGGAUUCGGUGCUGGCCUGGGACGCCUUCGUGCAGUCCCUGCCCCACGCCCGCCUGGUGGUCAUGACCACCUACUACGCCGCCCAGCUCCUCAUUGCCCUGUCCGCCUUCCAGAGCCCCAGGCUCAAGUCCCGCUGACCACGGCUCGCACCAGCAGGUAUCGGCCCCCUCCCCUCCCGCGAGGCCCUGGGCCUCCAGACUGACUGGCCUGGCCAGAGAAACCCCUGGGGGACAGCAGCCAGGCUCCUGGACUCCCGUCUGCAGGGGCCGGUCCACCCAGAGAC